AUCUCUUUAUACGGAGUACUCAUCAUUUUUCUCUUGUCUUCUCCAGCUUAAACCCUCGUAUUUUCUCUUUUGUGAUCUGAGAAAAUGUCGCUGUUUUUCAGAAGAUUAGCAAAAGCUGCUCCCUUUACAUUCUCAAAUGCAUUUAAGGGUUCUCAAAGCUCCACUAAAACCUCUUCUGGAGUGAUUGCCGCAGCAAUUUCUGGUGGAAUCUCACUUUACUACUUUACUUCUUUCCCUAAUUUGGCUCAUCUAGAUUCAAUAAAUGAAGAAACACAGAAGAAAAUAGUGCUGAAUCCAAAGGAAUGGCUUGAAUUCAAACUUCACGAGACUGCAAAUGUCAGUCAUAAUACUAAGCUUUUCAGAUUCUCAUUCGAUUCGGAUGCCGAGUUGGGUCUUGACAUUGCUUCUUGCAUCCUCACAAGAGCUCCCACCGGGAAAAAUGAUGAAGGGAAAACAAAAUAUGUCAUUCGACCGUACACUCCCAUUUCUGACCCAGAAGCUAAAGGCUACUUUGAUUUAAUGAUCAAGAUGUAUCCAGAAGGUAAAAUGAGCCAGCAUUUUGCAAAACUCAAGCCAGGAGAUGUUGUGGAAGUCAAAGGACCCAUUGAAAAGCUCAGGUAUACUCCCAAUAUGAAGAAACACAUUGGCAUGAUUGCUGGUGGAACUGGUGUUACUCCAAUGCUUCAAGUAGUUGAGGCUAUAUUGAAGAAUUCAGAUGAUAAAACCCAGGUGUCACUAGUCUACGCAAAUGUCUCUCCUGAUGAUAUUUUACUGAAGCAAAAGCUUGACAUUCUUGCCACGAGACACCCUAAUUUUAAGGUAUUCUACACUGUUGACAAUCCAUCAAAAGAAUGGAUAGGAGGAUUAGGCUAUGUUUCAAAGGAUGUGGUCACAAAAGGCUUACCUGGUCCUGGGGACGAUACUCUAAUCAUGGUAUGCGGUCCUCCUGGGAUGAUGCAACACAUAUCUGGUGACAAGGCUAAAGAUUAUUCACAAGGAGAGCUAACUGGAAUACUCAAGGAACUUGGAUACACAGAAGAAAUGGUCUACAAAUUUUGAGGGAUACUACCAAUUUACACAAGUAGGAAAUCAAUUUGGAUAACGCAAUGCAUCUUGUAGCUUGAGAGCACGAAUGUGUCGUAACUGGAAAUAAUUUGUUCUUGGUGUGUUGUCAGUAUGGGUUUCAUCCCGUACACUUAUUUCAGCGCAUUUUUUGCCCUUGAUAAUUGUUAACGUAACGUUAUACGUAGGUACGGAGUACUUGGUAAGUAAUGCUACGAAUUUGACUGUAGUCAUAUUUUUGUAGCAUGACACAAACUUACAAAAAAGACUCUGAUGGCUGUUUUAAUAUCCGGAUAAUGUCUAUAUUUGUUCUCCGUUGUUACUUUUAUA